CUCUGGCUGACUGCCGCCUUCCUUGAUGGGCCGAAAUGGGCCAGGCCGGACAACACAGAGAGAGACGGGCCUCCACCGCCGGAGAAAACGGGACAUCGUCUGCUUGCUGGUCCUGUGUCGGCUGGCUGAGCAAGGCUUCAAGACCGGGGAAGCGCACCGCCGGCUCCCUGCCUCCUCCCUUCCCCGCGCCGCCGCGGAUGGCCGGAGCCACUACGUCGGCACCUGGCGCCCUCGUCAGGGUCUGCCUGCCUCCACUACUACUCCUCUUCCUCUUCUACGGGUGCUGCAGAUGUGGGGCUGUCGAGGCGGAGAGAACCCUUGCAAUGAUCAAGCCGGAUGGUUUGUCUGGUAAGUAUACAGAAAAAAUCAAGGCGGCCAUCUUGGAUUCUGGAUUUCAUAUCGUCAAGGAGACCAAGGUCCAACUUGAUGCUGAGAGGGCAUCUCUCUUCUAUGCGGAGCAUUCCCAGAGAAGCUUCUUUGACAGCCUAGUCAAGUAUAUAACAAGUGGUCCAGUUCUCGCUAUGGUUCUGGAAAGGCCUGAUGCCAUUGCGCAAUGGAGAGCUUUGAUUGGACCAACUGAUGCAAGAAAGGCCAAAACCUCUCACCCAAACAGCAUUAGAGCAAUGUGUGGGCUGGACUCAGAGAAAAAUUGUGUGCAUGGUUCAGAUUCACCGGAAUCUGCAGCCAGAGAGAUCUCAUUUUUCUUUGGAGAAGAAGCUGAUUCUGUAACUGUGGAACAUGAUGAGCUUUAGACGCUACACUGGUUCAUCAGUUGAGGGCUUGACACCACAUGAUGACUAGCUAGUGUGGCUUCAUACACAGAGUUCUCAGAGACUGAUCUGGAGAUUGUGAUUGCUAAGACUAGGAUGGCUGAGGCCUAGCCGCCUAGUGGUCUACCGUUCCUAAGCUUCUACUACUUAAGCGUUAUUCUCGAAGUAAUUCUGUGUAAGGAAACUUAUAUUUGAUUGCACUGGAACUGCACACAAAUAGAUCUUUGCAAUUGAUGCUGGACAGUCUUGUUUACCUGAAACUGUCACUUGGCAGUCCUUCAAGAAUGCAAGUUGAGAUACAGUAGAAUCCAUGAAAUGGGGAGAAGAGAACUACCAAUUUGUCCAAGAGCCGGAUGCUUAGGAUCAGGAAUUUGUUCUGAUGUACAGUUUGUGCUUAGGAUCAACUUAACUAAAGUUUGUGCGUCAUGGACGCCAACGUUGUAAUUGUAAACUUCCAAUAUCCAAGAAUGCUUAGCGAGUGCAGGCUGACAAAUUUGCUUAUCUUUUUUUUUUAAAAAAAAUUGCAAGGAGAUAAAUUUGCUUGUGGUCUGUUUAAUUCAUCAUGCAGUUUCA